CUGUUCAUGGAAAACCAAACAUUUUGUGUAUAAGAUGUAAUAUGGAGCUCAGGGAAAUAUAUGACAACUUAUAGUUUUAUUGACCGUUGCCUACACCGGUGUUUUACAUGUGUACCAGAUUGGUCAACGCAGGAUCGCUCAACGAAACGUUUUUAAUAUCAUCCAGUCGUCAUUGCUCUUGUCCCAGGCACUACUUAAUUGCAGUUUCCUAUAAGAAAUCUACCUCCUACUUUUGGGCUCCAUUAAUAGUAAUUAUUUAUAUCUAUGGUGUGCUGGAACCCCACCCUCAGGCAGCUAUAGGCGCUAUCUAUCGCCUUCACCUCUAUAACGUGACUCGUCCAACGGAAUGACGUGGCUACGGUGACGUCUGCAGUGUUUCGCCCGCAAAGUAGUGCAGUUUAAUAAUACAAUUGAUUCCUUGGGAGGCGGGUUGUAUUUCAAACACUUCAAAGAAAACCGCAAGAGAAAGAAAGUAAAUAAAAGAAGCUUCACAGUGCUCCAGCUCUUUGUCAUGUCACUGGAGAAGCCGUCAGACCUAGCCAAUGAAAACACCUGUCUGCAACACUCCCUGACGUUAAGCCUACGCUACCCUCACAGCACCUUGCUGGACCCUGAGGUGGGCAAAAGUUCUGCCUCUCCCAAGACCCACCACAUCUAUGCCUCCACUGACCUCCCUGCUACCAUGGGGCUGGCACUGCCCAGCGAGUGCUCCAAUGAGCUGGCCUACUGCAGGGAUGAGGACAGAGUCAAGAACCAGGAGAAUGAGCAGGCCCACAAGCAUGCUGCCAAUGAGCCCACCAAUGCCAAGUGGGUAAAAGAAGGUCAAAACCAGCUACGCAAGGUGGCGGAGAAGCAGGACCUGAACCGCAACCCAAACCCCUCCACUGAGGAGAAGAACAUGUCCCCCAAGGACUUCCUGUCCUUCUACUCUGACCUGGAGGUCUCCACCAAGAACAUUGCCAACCAGCCUCUGGUAAUUGACACAUCCGACAGGUUGGAAGGGAAAGAGGAGGAGGAUGGACCACUGGUGGGGGAGAAGGACACAGACUCUUCCUCAGAGACGCAGAGCAGCUCAGAUUCACGUAAGGAUGGUUCUAAGAACACCUGCCUGUUCUUCAGGACAAGGAAUGCAGUACCCAGUGACGAGGACUCCAGCUGGACCACUCUCUCACAAGCCAGCACUGCUAACAGCACCCCAGAUGGGGAUUCAGAGUCCUUCUGGAACCGCAGUGCCUUUGAGACAGACACAGAUUUGCCGGCGGGCUGGAUGCGGGUUCGAGACACUUCAGGAACAUACUACUGGCACAUUCCCACUGGCACCACACAGUGGGAGCCCCCUUCCCCUCUGGAGGAAGGCCUGGGCUCUGGGAAACCCUCCAUUGCAUCACAAGGUACCACACCAUCUGAGGAAACGCAGCUGACGUGGACUGGCCUCUCCCGCCCUGACAAGUUUGAGGAUGGGGAAUUCUGGAAGGACCUACAUGCUGAUGAUGAGUCUUCUGACCAUAGCCUGAAGGAGUUUGAAGGGGCAACACUGCGUUACGCUUCCAUCAAUCUUGGCACAUCGCAGACAGAAGAAGAGGACAAGAUGAGAUCUCUGAGCAGUGAUGUGGAAGCAAAGUGUUUUGCAGUCCGCUCUCUGGGCUGGGUGGAGAUGUCUGAGGAGGACAUGUCCCUGGGCAAGAGCAGCAUUGCAGUCAAUAACUGUAUCCGUCAGCUCUCUUACCACAAGCACAACCUGCAUGACACAGCUGGCAUCUGGGGAGAGGGCAAAGAUAUGCUGCUGGUCCUGGAGAAUGAGACCCUUAAUCUGAUUGACCCUUUGAGUCAGACCCUACUGCACUCCCAGCCCAUUGUCAGCAUCCGUGUCUGGGGAGUGGGCAGAGACAAUGGCAGGGAGAGGGAUUUUGCCUAUGUAGCAAGAGACAAACUGACCCAUGUUUUGAAAUGCCAUGUGUUCAGAUGUGACACUCCAGCAAAGAACAUUGCCACCAGCAUGCAUGACAUCUGCUCUAAGAUCAUGGCCGAGAGAAAGUCCUCCAAAUCAUAUCUGAACAGAAUGAACAUUGAUCCUUCCAAACUGGUGGACAUCCCCUUUCAAGAAUUUCCUGCUCCAAAGAAUGAGCUAGUGCAGUGGUUUCAAGUCCAGUAUCUAGGCAGCGUUCCUGUGGCUAAACCUGUAGGUAAGGAAACCUGUGGUAUGGAUAUCAUUAAUGUGGCUUUGGAGACGGUGCUGAACACCAAAGAGAAACAUGAGUGGACACCAGUAACGGUUAAUGUGGCAUCAGCCACAGUCACAGUCAUUGCUGCUGAGACCGAGGAGGUGCUCUCAGAGUGCCGUGUGAGGUUCUUGUCCUUCAUGGGCGUGGGGAAGGAUGUUCACACAUUUGCCUUCAUCAUGGCAGAGGGUCCAGGAAACUUCAUCUGCCACAUGUUCUGGUGCGAGCCCAACGCAGCCAGUCUCUCGGAGGCUGUGCAGGCAGCAUGCAUGCUACGGUACCAGAAGUGUCUGGACGCGCGGCCACCCAGCACAAGCUCCAGCUACUGCCUCCCUGCCCCUCCUGCUGACUCAGUGGCUCGUCGAGUGGGAUCCAGUGUGAAGAAAGGGGUCCAGAACCUUCUGGGGAGCUUAAAGCAGAAACGGGCUGGGGCCCAAACCCCAUAAACACCAAUCCAAAGGAGUGUUGACACUCACAGCAUGUCACACUUAUCAGCAUCCCCUGCCUUACAGCUACCCACCCCUGUCAGUACCAACACACUUCCUUGGCCACUCACUGGGAUAACAACCUGCUGCUGUGGAGAGUGCUGUCCCUUCGUUGCUCUAGCCCUAUUUUUUAACUGCUGCCUGGCCCUGACAGGGAAAGUGAAGCAAGUUCGGGCCUUUCUGUAAAUCCAAGUUGAAGAUCCAUGGGCGGCACCUGUAAGGUCCUUGUGUCCUUGACAACCACAGGCAGGCCUCAUAAGAACAGAUGUGGGUGGAAAGGACUUCCCAAGUUUUAAAUUUUGGAAAAAAAAUAUAUACUCCAUAUAUACUUUGUUUUCUUUCCGGCAAAUAAAAAUUACCUUGAUUUUUCAGACAUUCUGCUGAUGUUUUUCUGGAAUGAUGCAGAUCAAAA